AUGUUGAAUAUAAACGACAAUUUCCCUGAAUAUGCUCUGCCUGGAGUGAAGAAAGUUCAUUUUGAACCCUAUGCGGACAAUGGUGGAAGUAUUGUGGCAAUCGCAGGUGAUGACUACGCUGUAAUUGGAGCAGACACUAGACUCAGCACCGGUUUCUCUAUCUAUACCAGGGAACAAAAGAAACUAUUUAAGCUAUCUGAUAAAACUGUCUUGGGUGCAACGGGUUGUUGGUGCGACACUCUAACGCUAACAAGACUGUUGCAAGCGCGUAUGCAAAUGUACGAACAUGAACACAAUAAGGCUAUGACGACACCUGCAGUUGCUCAAAUGUUGUCUACUAUGCUUUACUACAAACGAUUCUUUCCCUACUAUGUCUCUAACAUACUGGCAGGCAUAGAUAGUGAUGGCAAGGGAUGUGUUUAUAGCUACGAUCCCAUUGGUCAUUGUGAAAGGUCAACAUAUAGAGCAGGAGGGUCAGCCGGAGCACAGCUGCAACCCUUACUUGAUAACCAGAUUGGUUUAAAGAACAUGCAAAAUGUCACUGAGGCACCUUUACCAAGAGAAAAGGCAUUGGCUCUAUUGAAGGAUGUUUUUAUAAGUGCAGCAGAAAGAGACAUCUACACUGGAGACAGCAUUUACAUCCUGAUUAUUACAGCUAAUGGUAUACAAGAAGAAAAAUUUGAGCUCCGUAAAGAUUAA